CCCCUUUUUCCCUAUCCCUGGAUUGUUUUCAUUUUCAUUUCCAUUUCCAUUUCAUUUAUAUUUCCUUUUCAAUUUUGUUAAAUUCUCUUUCAUUUCUAUGGAUUCAAGGAGGUCUAGAGGCUAUUGAAGAAGAGCUUCGAUCUUUUCUUCUCACACUUGGAACGAGAUCGCAUUCUUUUUCAGAGGACAGUCUUAUUCUUCGCUUCUUGAUCUCAAGCAACUUGUCUCAGAGAAAAGAUUUGAUUGUGGGAAAGGAAGCAUGCCGCAUUGGUUCACUUUCGGUGGCUUCACAGGAUCAUACCAUGCGCUUAGAUGUUUACUAAGAAACCUGAGCAAGAAAGAGACAUAUGUGAAUGUUUAUGCCAGAUCCAUUAUGUCUUAGGAAAAAGAGUAUUUAAUCCACACAGAGAUUGGAUGAACUUGGAGUGCAUCAUUCAUCAAUUUUUUUAAAAAACCAAGCAGAGUUUUUUUGGAUGGUGAGAAUUUAAGGUGGAGUCUAAUCAAGGAAUCUGAUUACCUUGUUAAUGGGGAGUUUCAUGUUGACAAAGGUGCAUCUCCUAAAAUGCCGAAUUGCCUCAUGCCCUGGAAGGAUCCGGAUCUCCUACUGGAACCGACGCUCGAUUUGCUUCUGUAGCUUGGGGUUCCCGCUUUGGAAGCCGAAACUGAAUUGGCUGUCGUAUGAGUGGAUGCAGCAUAUGCAGAUGGCGUGGUUCCGGCAUAUGAUCAGCGGUUGCUUCAAGAGCACAGAGCUGCCGCCUAAACAGGGGAUCAAAGUCGAAGAAAACAGUGGCGGCCAAGACGUUUUUGACGCUGACGCCAUGAACUCCAAGGUUUCGCCUGAACAUCUCGUUAUCAUGGUCAACGGCCUCAUGGGGAGUGCUGCUGAUUGGAGAUUUGCUGCAGAACAGUUUGUGAAGAAGCUACCUGACAAAUUAAUAAUGCACCGCAGUGAAUGCAACUACUCAAAAUUGACAUUUGAUGGUGUUGAUAUGAUGGGUGAAAGGCUAGCUCAAGAGGUAUUGAGUGUUGUCAAACGUAGGCCAGAGAUAAAGAAGAUUUCUUUUGUGGCUCACUCUUUAGGUGGUCUUGUUGCAAGAUAUGCUAUAGGGAGGCUCUAUAAGCAUUCUCCAAAGUUAGGUCAAUCAGGUCUUUAUGCGAACUCUAUAACUGAAGAGGUCACAAAUUCUUCAAUGCAAUAUCUUAAGCAGCCUUGUGAAGAUAGAGUUGCUGGAUUGGAACCGAUGAAUUUUAUAACUUUUGCAACACCACAUCUUGGUUCAAGGGGACAUAAACAGCUCCCACUUCUUUGUGGUCUUCCUUUUCUUGAGGAAAGAGCAUCUCAGACUGCACACUUGGUUGCUGGAAGGUCUGGAAAGCAUCUGUUUCUCACUGACAAUGAUGAGGGAAAACGCCCCCUUCUCCUUAGAAUGGUUGAUGACAGUGAUGACCUGAAAUUCAUAUCAGCUCUACGUGCAUUUAAGCGACGUGUGGCAUAUGCAAAUGCAAAUUAUGAUUAUAUGGUUGGCUGGAGAACAUCAUCAAUCCGACGUCAGAAUGAACUUCCAAAGUCAAAUCUUCUUGUAAUAGAUGAGAAGUAUCCGCAUGUUGUAUAUGUUGAGAGGGAAACUACAAACAACAUCCAAAACAAAGCUUCCUUUAUUUCUGGAGCCCAAACAAGUGAUGUUGAAGAGGUGAUGAUUCAAGGUCUCACUCAAGUACCCUGGGAACGUGUUGAUGUUAGCUUUCAAAAAAGUAAACAACGAUAUGUUGCUCAUAAUACAAUUCAGGUGACGAGCUACUGGUUGAAUUCUGAUGGAACGGAUGUAGUUUUCCAUAUGAUCCACAAUUUCCUUGUAUAGUCCUGGAAAUUUUAGUGUCCGCCUAUUGGUGAUUCAGCCAUGUGUUAGGUCACGUAUUUUUAGGUGUAAUAUGCACAUUUUCCCUCAUGAGAGUGUUGCGGUAUAUAUUUUUAUGUUAAUAUGGAAACAUUACGAAUAUUGUAAAGUUGUUUUGACCUCUGUCCAAAUAGGUUUGCUUAU